AAAAAACUGCUUAGACAAUCUAAUGGAUGAAGAUGAGAAAGACAGGGCAAAGAGGGCUUCGCGUAACAAGUCUGAGAAGAAGAGACGCGAUCAGUUCAAUGUUCUCAUCAAAGAGCUCAGCUCCAUGCUUCCAGGCAACACCCGCAAAAUGGACAAAACUACUGUGCUGGAAAAAGUCAUUGGCUUCCUGCAGAAACACAAUGAAGUCUCGGCACAGACAGAGAUUUCUGAAAUUCAUCAGGAUUGGAAGCCUUCAUUCCUCAGCAAUGAAGAAUUUACCCAGCUGAUGUUGGAGGCAUUAGAUGGCUUCAUUAUAGCAGUAACCACAGGUGGAAGCAUCAUCUACGUGUCUGACAGCAUUACACCUCUUCUAGGGCAUUUACCGUGCGAUGUCUUGGAUCAGAAUUUAUUAAAUUUCCUCCCAGAACAAGAACAUUCAGAAAUUUAUAAGAUGUUAUCUUCUUGUAUGCUUAUGACAGAUUCUGCCUCAUCGGAUUACCUAAAAACUGACAAUGAACUAGAGUUUUAUUGUCAUCUUCUGAGAGGAAGUUUGAACCCAAAGGAAUUUCCAACAUAUGAAUACAUAAAAUUUGUAGGAAAUUUUCGGUCUUACAGCAAUGUGCCUAACUCUACUUGCAAUGGCUUUGAUGAUGCCGUUCCAAGGGCUUACAGAACAUCACCAGGAAAGCAGAUCUGCUUUGUUGCUACGGUUCGUUUGGCAACGCCUCAGUUUUUAAAGGAGAUGUGCAUAGUUGAAGAGCCUUUAGAGGAAUUCACUUCAAGGCACAGUCUGGAAUGGAAAUUUUUAUUCCUGGACCACAGAGCACCGCCGAUUAUAGGAUACUUGCCUUUUGAAGUGCUGGGUACUUCUGGCUAUGACUAUUAUCAUAUAGAUGACCUAGAGCUGCUAGCAAGGUGCCAUGAACACUUGAUGCAGUUUGGCAAGGGGAAGUCUUGUUGCUACCGGUUUUUGACCAAAGGACAACAGUGGAUCUGGCUGCAGACCCAUUACUAUAUCACGUACCACCAGUGGAACUCCAAGCCGGAGUUCAUUGUGUGCACACACAUGGUAGUAAGUUAUGCAGAUGUUCGGGUGGAGAGGAGACAAGAGAUGGGCUUGGAAGAAGUGUCCUCAGAGGUUGUGUCCUCAGCACUGAAGGAUAGUGGCUCCAGCUUGGAUCCUGAACAGCACUUUAAUGCACUCGAUAUUGGUGCCUCAAUCCUCAGUGCUAGUCGGACACCCUCAGUAUCAUCCAGGAGCUCACCAAAGUCCUCCCACACACCGAAGUCGGACCCUGCAUCUACACCGACAAAGCUGACUGCAGAGCCCAACACUCCUUUGCAAAGAACUCCUAGCACGCAGCAGGAUUUGUCUGUGCAUAGACUCAGUCAGCCUACUGCUCUUCAGGCUUCUUUGCCUUCUCAGCCUCCAUGUGAGCUUCUCCCACAGCAGUUGCUGCCCCAAGCAACUUUGCCAAAUCAGCCUGCACCUCUGGCACAGUUCUCGGCACAGUUUAGUAUGUUCCAGACCAUCAAGGACCAGCUCGAACAAAGAACUCGGAUCCUGCAGGCCAACAUUCGGUGGCAGCAAGAGGAACUGCAGAAAAUACAGGAGCAGCUCUGCUUGGUCCAGGACUCCAGUGUACAGAUGUUCUUACAGCAGCCAACGGUGUCCCUGAGCUUUAGCAAUAUUCAACAGCCAGAGCCACAACAGCUACAGCAGAGGCCAGGGGUCAUUUCUCAGCAGCAGCUUGUUCCCAGUCCUCAACUUCAAGGGCAAAUUGCAUCUUCACAAACAGCGAACCAGCAAGUACUGAGAGAAGCCAGUGUGAUAGCGAGCCAGGUAAUCAUUUCUUUUGAACAGAGAAACAUUUAUAUGGAAAGAUCAGGAAGCUUCACACGCGCGCGCCUUUCCUGCCGCAAACGUCGCCCUCCUGAAUUCCCAGCGCCCGGCAUCUCGGCCAGGCACCCAGAUUGGUGGGGAAACGGACCGCGCUGCCCCAGGCGCCCGCGGGUCUGGCGGCGCGCAGCACGCGUCCGUCACUGCUGGGAGCUGAGGUUCAAUUUCUACCUCUCCGGCUUGUGCCCUGCCUGCCAAAGCAUCCCCUCGCGGUUUCCGAAAAGUGUCAUGCGUGCGGUCCUUCUGUUACAGCAAUAUCGCUUUUUCUUUUUCCCAUGCACAAGACUGUUGCUCAGCCAGCCUAUUCAGCCAAUGAUGCCUGGGUCCUGUAAUGCAAGACACCCUUCCGACCUCAGCAUGGCUGGAUCCCAGGCUAAAUAUUCUCAAAACCAACAAAUGUUUCAAAGUCUGGAGGUGCAGACUUCCAGCAGCAGCUCUCCAAUCGUUCUGAUGGGACAAGCAGUGUUAAACCAAGGGUUCUCCACUACCCCUCCUUCCCAGCCAUCCUCUCUGCCACCUAUGCAACUCCAGCACCAACAGCAUCAGCAGCAACACUACCUGCAGGUGCAAACAGCAAGCUCUUUGCACAAUGAGCAACCCGAUUCUUUGCUCCUGCCAUCCUACUCGCCACAGCAAGGAAAUAUGGGGUAUCAUCAGACACAGCAGCAGCAGCAGCAGCAGCAGCAGCAACUAACAUCAAGAAGAAGCAAUAGCUUAUCAGAAUCAUCAAAUUUAUCACAGCCACUGCGAUAAGAGUCCCACCAGCACAAUCAAUGCACGAUUAGCUUUAACCAAUGGGCACACGGGGCAGACGAGAAUGACUCUGUACUUACUGCUUUGGCUUUUGCACAAGCAUUUGUUUCAAAGCUCCAUGUCAGGAGUAGGCCCCAGAGUGCAGACUGCCACAGACAGCACUCAUUCAAGGCAUGUCGGAUUCAGUUUGCACUGUCUCGUGAGUACAGUAUGUACUGUCAGAGCGAAAUAAAAAGGAACACGAUCCUGUGCAAACUCCAUCAUCGAUGGGUGCACAGAAGAGGAAGAUCAAUCGUCGCGCGUCACUCUAAAAGUGACCUGGCAAUUCAAAAAGACUGUGCACAGACACAUGAGGUACUUGGCCUUCACUGUUUCAGUUCUUCUUUUGUGUAUGAAAAGCACUGCGUCAAAGGUCUAUUGAGGAGAGAACAAGAGAUUAUUUUUAUUAUGAUUAUUGUUAUUAUUUUGCACAACUGCACAGAGGACAAAACCUAGGCACUUUCUGUAAAGAGAAGUUUGUUUCCUUAUUCUUGUGGCCAAAUUAGCACAUCCAAUGGAGAAGAAAGCCGUUACUGGUGAAGAUACUCUACAGUUCAUAACCCUCGAUUUAGAAUCUGAACAGUAUUAUGCAGCUUACCCUACCUGUUCAUCAUGACUAAAAACAAAAAAAACACUGGACUGUUUUCUCUGUGAAUUGCGAUUGCAAGGGAGAACUCAAAUUAUAAGCACAAUCAUGCAACUCUCCAAUAAUACAACAUGGAACCUUCUUCACACUGAAUAACUCACCCACAACAAGUCUCUGAGAAAUAUGCACUGUGUUUUGGCCCAUUGACUCGGGAUGCUGCAGACUAUUAUGUAUCUCUUUCAUCAUAACAUUUAGGAUUGCAUUUUCCUUUGUGGGGGGGGGGGGAAAGAAAUGCACUUUUCGCUUUUUUUGUAUGUUUUCUGUUGAUAUGUUUCUAAGAAAGAUUUUAUGUAAUUAUUAAAUACAAAGUAGUGUAUUGUACAGCUGUUGUAAUAAUGACCUAUUUCUAUAUAAAAUAAAAUUAUAUGGAAUUAUGUGGAAAUUAUUUUGUAUAUGAAAUAUCAACUCAUUUCACAAGUAUAAAGAUUGUGCUUGUGCUUUUUUGUGAGUGGAUAUUUUGUAAUAAACUAAUGAACUAGAAA